UCAGCCAGGUGACAGCUGAGCCAGCAGGGACCCAGCACGGCUGCACUCUACGCAACAUAACGAUAUCUGUCAGUGCCACAUCAACGCGGAGCCCACACACACCGCUGCUCAACUUUUAUUUUCUGUGUUGUUGUUGUUGUUGUCUUUUGUUUGUUUUUUUUACACGUACGUUAUUUGAACGCCUCUCUUUCCGCUCGUUGUUGCGGAGCAGCCUGCUAGCAGCGCGAGGAUAUAAUUAACGUUCGCGUGUGACGUUAAGACCAGAGAAGGCUCAACGGUUGUAACGUUAUUUGUAUUUGUGAGCCGCUAACGUUACACAGCCGCCGUCAACAUGUCAGAUCCGGUCGGGGAGGCGAAGUUGGAGGUGAAACAGGCGAGCAAAGAGGUGAAAGAGAGCGAAAACGUAGCGGAAAAAUACUCUGCCAUGACCGUGAGCAAGAAUAGUGAAAUGAACAUGGGAGAGCUGUCGUCCGCCUUCAGCGCUGUGCCCACUCACAAACCAGUUAAAAAGCAAAUACAGUUUGUGGAGGACAAGCAGGAGUUCAGCAGGUUCCCUACCAAGGCAGGCCGUCGCUCCCUGUCUCGCUCCAUCUCUCAGUCAUCCACAGACAGCUACAGCUCCGCUGCGUCCUAUACGGAUAGCUCUGACGACGAGACCUCACCACGAGACAAACCUCAGGUCAACUCCAAGGGCAGCAGUGACUUCUGUGUCAAGAACAUCAAACAGGCUGAAUUUGGCAGGCGUGAGAUUGAGAUCGCAGAACAGGAUAUGUCGGCGCUGAUCUCACUCAGGAAGAGAGCACAGAGUGAGAAACCAUUGGCAGGUGCCAAAAUUGUGGGCUGCACUCACAUCACUGCCCAGACUGCAGUGCUGAUCGAGACUCUGGUGGCUCUUGGGGCUCAGUGUCGCUGGACUGCAUGUAACAUAUACUCUACUCAGAAUGAAGUGGCUGCUGCUCUGUCAGAGACCGGUGUGGCUGUGUUUGCCUGGAAAGGGGAGUCUGAGGAUGAUUUCUGGUGGUGUAUCGACCGCUGUGUCAACAACGAGGGUUGGCAGCCUAACAUGAUCCUUGAUGAUGGAGGAGACUUGACACACUGGAUGUACAAGAAAUACCCCAAUGUAUUCAAGAAGAUCAGGGGCAUUGUAGAGGAGAGUGUCACCGGGGUUCACAGGUUGUAUCAGCUGUCUAAAGCUGGAAAGCUGUGCGUACCGGCUAUGAAUGUAAAUGACUCUGUGACAAAGCAGAAGUUUGACAACCUGUACUGCUGCAGAGAGUCAAUCCUGGACGGUUUGAAGAGGACCACAGAUGUCAUGUUCGGAGGCAAACAGGUGGUCGUAUGUGGGUACGGUGAGGUUGGAAAAGGUUGCUGUGCCGCUCUGAAAGCUCUGGGAGCCGUCGUCUGUGUUACAGAGAUUGAUCCCAUCUGUGGGCUGCAGGCCUGCAUGGAUGGAUUCAGGGUGGUCAAGCUGAAUGAGGUCAUUCGCCAGGUUGAUGUCAUCAUCACAUGCACUGGGAACAAGAAUGUGGUGACCAGAGACCAGCUGGACCGGAUGAAAAAUGGCUCUAUUGUCUGCAACAUGGGCCACUCCAAUACUGAGAUUGAUGUGGCAAGUCUUAGGACCCCAGAGCUGACCUGGGAGAGAGUGCGCUCUCAGGUGGAUCACAUCAUUUGGCCUGAUGGCAAGAGGGUCAUCCUCCUGGCUGAGGGACGUCUACUUAACCUCAGCUGCUCCACUGUCCCUACCUUCGUCUUGUCCAUCACAGCCACCACUCAGGCCCUGGCCCUUAUAGAGUUGUACAACGCUCCUGAGGGACGAUACAAGCAGGAUGUUUACUUGCUUCCCAAGAAGAUGGAUGAAUAUGUGGCCAGUCUGCAUCUGGCCACUUUUGAUGCCCACCUGACAGAACUGUCUGACGAUCAGGCAAAAUACCUUGGGCUGAAUAAGAACGGCCCUUUUAAACCCAACUACUACAGGUAUUAGACUGCGGGGGAACCACACCUCAGCACACCUAAAGGUGGUACAGAAUAUUACCUGUCCCUGAGACAAAAGAAAGAUUUAUGUAUAUUGUAUUUUAUACUCUUCACAGGACGCACAGCUUAUAUUUAGUUGUAUUUACUGGCCACAGCAAGUUUCUCCUCUCUUGUGGCUUCCUACAGAACUGCACAGGGCACCCAGCUGGCUAUGAACAUCAAUGUAACCACAGCAUUUAUAUCUGCUGUUUAGGGAGAUUUUUAGUUUCUGUUUCUAUGCCCUCUGGCUCCUUGGUUAUUUUAGAGUUCUGAUAGAUAUUGAAUAAUGUAUUAAUAUGUUGUGCCAAAUUACUGUGACAGAGAAAGGUUAUAGUUGUUGUGAAAUGUUAAUGGUUAGUUUUUUCAAUUCAGAUAAAACCUGCACUAAGUGAUAAUUUUGAUAUAAACGUUAUAUCAAAUUCACUUCACUUAAAAAUCCAACCCACCUAACUCUGAAGCUCACUGAGCUUUGUACCCACUGUUGACUCCAGAGGUCUGACAUAAAGUCCUGGCUGGUGAAUGAAGAAAACUGAGCUCCUAAUGUGUUUCUGAGGAGUAGGUGGACCAAAUCAGAGCUAAAAGGCCAGUGAAUACUGAACUUACAUUUAUCAGGUGGCCUGAAAUGUGACGUGCUAUGUGUCAGCUGGAUGUUUUAAGUAGGCAAUUUGUUGCUUACAAAUGAGCCAUAACAACUUGAUAAUUUGAUUGUAAAUCAGGGCUGUUUUUCUGUCCAUUUGGUUUCCACCCCAAGUGGUCAAACAUCACUUGAUGCAAAUUUAAAGUUUCCUUUCUGCUUUGAUGUGGCAGCAUUCACUUACUUCAUACAUUCCAUCCAAAAGAUACAGAAGAAAUAUUCUCUGUAGUAUCAUCCACAUUACUGGUAACCUUCAGCAGAUCUGGGCUAAAAAAUGAACUUUUUGACUAUAACAAACAUAAAAAAGGGAGCUUUGCAUUUAUUUUCUUGGAACAAUACGUCCAUUUAUGAGGUUUUGGUGUCUGGUAAGAAUAGUAUCUAGUACCUCAGGGCAUUCAAAUAUCUCAAAUACUUUGUUAAUAUAUUUUUAUCAGAUCAGCACUGUCUGACUUUAGUAUCAAUGUGUCAGUGUCAUUCUCAUGAAAUAAUUAUUUACAGUAGAUUUGUAAACUAGCUUUAGAGAUUUUGAUAGUCUAUGAUCAAAAUCAUCUGCAAGUCAUCUGCAGAUAUGUAUAUUCUGUGUAAAGCUAACUCAAGUCACAGACUACGUGUUGGACAGUGUUAUAUACACUAUGUUUAUGCUGUAUUGUAUAUGCAACAGCCUCUGAUCAGCCAAUCUCAUCUUGGUAUUUGCUGGAGUUCAACAUUGAGUUUAUUGUUGUAUUUGUCACAAGACUCUGACCUUGUGUUAACAAGAGGAUGUCUGUUUUUCUAUGUAAUAUUUUAACAACAGAAAAGUAAACUUAAGUAUCCAAAUGCUCUGGGCCUAAACGUGAAUAAGCUUCAGUCAGCACAUUUAAACAGGUGUGAUAGCUUUACCGUCUGUGUUAUCUUGUGGUAUUGCACCAUUAUUAUAGCUUUAACCUUGUGUUUUGUUUUGUUUCCUGACUGUUUUCAUUGUUCAAACGGCUUAAGCACUCUUUUGUGAGGAUUGUUAAAUGCACAAACUUAUUGUACCACUUUUACUUCCAUGUUCCCUUGUAAUAUUUUCUACAUUUGUGGCCACAUUAGACUUGAGUGAUUAUUAUUAUUAUUUUUUUAAUGCAAAUUAUAUAGUGUGCAGGUGGUAGUUGUGUCUUGUUGAAUUUAAAGCUCUUCAAUGCUUCAAUCUGCUGUAUUUCACGCUGAUAGUCUGUGGGCUGAUCUUACUUCAAACGGUUGACAGUAUUAGUGUCACUGCCAAGCCUGCUGCACCUUGUAGAGGGUUCCUCCACAUGUAUUUACUCAGCAUCCUGUUGCAUCACCCUUCACAAAACUUCAUCCACAGAGUUGCAGGUAAUUCCUGGACGUUUCUGUUUUUUUUAAUUAGUUGAUUUUGUCCGUUAGUCCUGCUGUUAAUUGUACAGUAGCCUGCGUUAUGCUACUGAAGUGCUUUCAUCUUUGCACUAGCAGCUUUAAGGACAUCAGAGCCAGGGACAUUCAGUGAGGACAUCAGCAAGAUGAGCGCUGUAACCAUGGUUACUGGUCAGUUGACGGUGCCUUGUGACUCACUUAGUAAUCAUAUUCACAACUGUGUUUUUCUCCAAGAAUGUUAAUGCCCAAUAUGGUUGUUGUUCUGCAAUAUACAGUGAGAGCUAUGCAGCAAAACAUACUCAGUUUUCUUCUGCAAUCGUGGAGAGUUGUUAUUUCACAUUACUCCAAAAAUAUGCAUUACUGUAAGAUGACUAACAGUUUUAGACAUUAGUAGGCCAAAUGUUAUAUUAUGUUGUACCUAACCUUAUGUACUUUUACAUUUUAAUGUAUUUCAUUCAUCCCGGUUUCAUUCUUGUAACAAUCAAACAUUUAAAAUUCCUCAAACAUUCAUAAUAGCACUUGAAAAAUGCCUUUUCUAAUGAAUUCCUUUUGUUUUAACUAAUAGUAUCAAUCAUUUUACGUUUACGUUAUGACUCUGUUAUAGAGACAAAUGAAUGUGUUAUUACUUACAGCUUGACUCUGGUCAAAUUGAAAUAAAUAAGCAUACCACUGUGAUUUGACAGUUGUACACUGUUGCUGGUUUUAAGUUUUUGAUGUGGAUAUAAAGUUAUAUAAAUUAUAUAUUCCUCACUGUAUAAAUUAGGCCUAUAUUUUCAACACUAUCUGUAGUUUAGCCUGAAACACGAUUUCAGCAGUAUACACCAUGUAAAAUUUCUGUGCACAGUUCCCUUUAAUAAACUGCUGUUUGAAUUAGAAAA